UGUUAGUGUUUAUUCAUGGCGAGACAUGGGACCCGUUCGCCUACAACAAAACGUAUUAAAGAGUUGGAUAGGUUGGCAGCUCGUUUGGAUGUUCUUUUGAAUGAUGCAAAAGAUGAGGCAGGCCAGAACAGCUCCUCUUUGAAUACACCAGCAUGGUUAUGGGGAUGGAGAUCCCCUUGGGAAGGAAAACAGAAAGGGGGAGAGCUAAUUAACAAAGGGGAAGAGGAGCUGUAUCUUCUAGGAAAAAGAAUAAAGGAAAAGUUUGCAGCAUUGUUUGAUGAGGAGUAUCACCCAGAUGUCUUCUCAAUUAGGGCAACACAGGUUCCUCGAGCAUCAGCUAGUGCUGUUGCAUUUGGCAUUGGACUAUUUGCUGGGAAAGGAAACCUUGGACCAGGCGGGCAUCGUGCCUUCUCUGUGAUAAGUGAGAGUCGUGCAAGUGAUAUGUGCUUACGGUUCUAUGAUUCUUGUCAGACUUAUAAAAGAUAUAAAGAAAACCAGGAGCCAGCUGUUGAUAAGAUUAAGGAACCCAUUCUGCGUAUCAUUGCUGCUGAGGUCGGUAGACGCUACCAGCUAGGUUUCACUAAGCAGGAUGUUGCUUCUUUAUGGUUUCUCUGCAAACAGGAAGCAUCUUUGUUGGAUAUCACCAAUCAAGCUUGUGGCCUUUUCAACGCUACGGAGGUUUCUUUACUUGAAUGGACAGAUGAUUUGGAGGGUUUUCUGUUAAAUGGUUAUGGUAACUCGGUUAACUAUCGCAUGGGGAUACCACUCCUCCAGGAUGUAAUUCAGUCAAUAGAGCAAGCAAUUAUUGCUAAAGAAGGAAACCAUACUCCAGGAACAUUUGAGAAGGCAAGACUCCGUUUUGCUCAUGCUGAGACUGUUGCACCAUUUGCCUGUCUUCUUGGCCUUUUUCUUGAAGGAUCUGAAUUUGAGCAAAUACAAAGGGAAGAACCACUGGAUUUACCUUCUAAACCUCCCCAGAAAAGAAACUGGAAGGGCAGCGUUGUAGCACCUUUUGCUGGAAAUACUAUGUUGGUUUUGUAUGCCUGUCAUAGUGAUGAUUCUACUAAGGUCAUUUCAUCUGAAGAUCGGAGGAAAAAGUAUUUUGUACAAGUUUUGCACAAUGAAAUUCCUGUUCGUUUACCGGGUUGUGGUAAUAUUGAUUUCUGCCCUUUAGAGGUCUUCAAGGAACAAAUUGUCAAUCCUCAUUUAAAGCACAACUUUGAUUCGGUCUGCAACUUUAUGCCGGAGAACACCAAAAUCCAUCUAGUAUCAGAUUCCUAAAACACUGAUAUGAGUCGUAAAAAGCUAGUAAGAAGCUUUUCUCAUAGAAAUACCACAAUGGCGACAACAAAUCAGGAAAUGUUCUGUUACAUCACAUAUUUCUUGGAUGAGAAAUGAGAAUAAACAAAUAGUGUUCUUCACAGAUAUCAUUCAAUUUAUUUUUCCUGCCUAUUCUUUGUUUCUUUUAGGAGUCCUUUUAGGGUGUUUGUCCACCCCCAAGAUUUUGUAUAAAUUUGAGAUUCAUUGGUGUCAUGCUCUUUAUCACAAGCCAUUCUUCGCAUGUA